AAUUAAGCCCUUGACUCUAAGUCUCUCUCUUUUUUUCCCCCUUUUCUUCUCUCUUUAAUGUAACAUACACAUACACAUACACAUGAAGAAGCUUUGUCCAAAUAUUGAUAAAGAAGAUGGCCUUGAGACUGUUCUUGAGGUCCCUAUACCAGAAGAGAUGUUCACCAGCAUGGGAAGCAAUGUGCAGUUGCGAUUGCAAAACAUGAUGACGUGGAUGAAGGCUCAAACCUCCGACAAAUGGUCGGCGCCGGUUAUCGCCGGACGGUUGAAUGAGCUACGGUUCUUGCUUUACCUUGUAGGCUCUCCUCUUAUCCCUCUUCAAGUUCAGUUGGGUCAUUCCAUCCACCGUCCAGUUAGAGAUUCUUCCAUUCAAGCUUCAACAGCCAAAUACAUAGUGCAACAGUACACCGCUGCAACGGGAGGCCAAGCGGCAUUGAACUCGGUGAACAGCAUGUGUGUGACCGGCGAGGUUAAGAUCAGUGCGUCGGAUUUUCAACAAGGGGACGUGAGCCUAGAGGUGAAAAGGAGCUCGGCCGAGAGCGGCGGCUUCUUGCUGUGGCAAAAGAACCCGGACUUAUGGUGCUUAGAGCUUGUUGUUUCUGGCUGCAAGGUCAUCUGUGGAAGCAAUGGCAAGCUUUCAUGGCGGCAUUCGUCUAACCAACAAACACCCAUCUCUCAAGGCCCCCCUAGACCCUUGCGCCGUUUUCUUCAGGGUUUAGACCCAAGGGCCACUGCCAAUUUAUUCGCAGAUGCCAUGUGCAUCGGCGAAAAGAUCAUAAACGACGAUGAUUGCUUCAUCCUCAAGCUGGACACAAGCCCAGCAAUUCGAGAGGCACAGAGCGGCCCAAACUACGAGAUAAUCCACCACACAAUAUGGGGAUACUUCAGCCAGCGCUCGGGGCUCCUCGUACAAUUCGAAGACUCGAGGCUGCUGAGGAUGACCAACAAAGCGGACGACACAGAUGUGUUCUGGGAGACGAGCGCUGAGUCUGUGAUACAAGAUUACAAGUACGUUGACUCCGUCAACAUUGCUCACAGUGGGAGAACUAGGGUUAAGGUUUUCAGAUAUGGCGAGCGGUCUGCAAACCACAAGAGGGAGAUGGAGGAGACGUGGAAGAUCGAAGAGGUGGAUUUUAAUAUUUGGGGUUUGACUAUGGAGAGCUUUUUGCCUCCUGGUGACAUAAAGAAGCAAGGGUGAGGGUGAGAUGAUAAUUUUUUUUGUUUUUGUUAUGAAAUUAAAGAGAUAGCUAAAAGAAAACUUGUGUAAAUACUAGUGAGUGGAAGGCAAUAUAUGUAUGGCAAAAUGAUGAAAAGGUUUUGUAACAACAGUUUUGUUUGAGCUGCUUAAUUAAAUUGAAUUUUUUGGUAAUUU